CGCCUCCUCAGGCCCGGGCGCGGGGGCGGCACCGCGUUUAUCCCGGGCGGGGGCCCCGGCCGCGGGGUCCUUGUGCCGGCCGCCGCCGCUGAGGGCAGGACAUGAUGGGUAGAAAAGAAUUCUGCACUUCAGGACAGAUACCGAUGACCGACCCAAGCUGCCUUGCCUAUGUACUAGAAGAAUGGAUUGUUGUGGAGUACCUGAAGGAAUACCUUUUUCAUGUGGUCAUUGUCUCACUGACAAUAAGUGCAAUAUUAGUUUUUUUUAUAGUUCCUUUAACAAUCCUCUUUUUCAUUUACCUUACUAAUAUUUUGCUUUUAAUAUAUCAGAGGAACAGUGAGGUAAAAGCAGAUCCCUUGAGCGAUGUUUGGGAUAGUGCAAGGAAAACUAUAGCAAGCUUUUGGGAUAUAUAUGCAAGAAUAUGGCAUGGUUAUGAGCUUCAUGGUGUGGAAAAUCUACCAGAAGGACCGGGUAUUCUUGUGUAUUACCAUGGAGCUAUUCCUGUAGACUACCUUUACUUUUUGUCUAGGCUGUUUCUCUGGAAGAAAAGGCUUUGUCUGUCAGUAGCUGAUCAUUUUGUCUUUCGUUUACCAGGACUUAAAUUAUUACUGGAAGUGACGGGUGUUAUGCCAGGUACAAGGGAGGAGUGUCUUAUCGCACUGAAGAAUGGACACUUGGUGUCCAUCUCACCAGGUGGAGUUAGAGAAGCACUAUUCAGCGAUGAAAGUUACCAGCUCAUGUGGGGAAAUCGAAAAGGCUUUGCUCAGGUCGCUCUAGAUGCAAAAGUGCCCAUCAUUCCAAUGUAUACUCAAAAUGUCCGGGAAGGAUAUAGGAUGUUUAAGGAAAGAAGAUUUUUUAGGCAGCUGUAUGAAAGUACUCGAUUGCCGUUUACUCCUCCAUAUGGAGGACUUCCAGUUAAAUUUCGCACAUACAUUGGGGAGCCAAUCCCUUACGAUCCAAAUAUAACUACAGAGGAAUUAGUUGAAAAGACAAAGACUGCUGUCCAGGCGCUCAUAAGCAAGCACCAAACAAUCCCAGGCAGCAUAUGGAAGGCUUUACUGGAGCGAUUUGAUAAACGUCGUAAAAGUGAUUAGGAUGCUUAUGUUUAUUUCAUUGUUUUUACAGCAUACAGUAAAAAACAAUGUCCUAUGGCAAUGGUGACUAAUAACUGGUGUGCAAACAUUUUAAUUUACAAGUUCCUACUGAUUUGACAGAAGAAAAUGAUUAACCUCUUGAAGGUUCCCCUGUGUCUUUGAGGAUAUUCUGAAGUCAGAAAGACUGAAGAAGAAAACUUACAUACAAUAGCAAUGCAGCAGCUAAAUUCCCCAAAAGGAAAUCAUGUAACCAGGAUUUGCCUGGUUCCUAAAACAAGUAUGUACAUAUAUGUGAGAGCCUUGGAAGUUUUGUCUAGAUCUGUAUUUUUAUGUUUUGAGCAGUUCAUGGCUCAGUCUCGAAGCAGAACCUCAGAGGUGGUGUUGUCCCACCAGAGUCCACCCUUCAGUGGGCACCAUCCCUGUUGGACCCCACGCAAGACAGUGUCACAAGAGAAGCUGUCUCACUUUAUCUAAUGAUUGACUGCUUAGGCCAUUUUUCUAGAGAGACUAUAGAAAGAGAAGUAAUCCCGUUAAACCAGAUAUUAGACUCCUACAAACAAAUCAGCUUAGUGGUUUGGUACCCUGGAAAAUAGGUAUGCUACAUCCAGGACUUUGCCCCGACAGAAAAAAUAAAAGUUUCUCAAAGGGAGAGAAAAAGCUUUAGUUAAGUGUAGCACUAUGCAAGUACAUGUAGAAAGUAGUUUCAAGUCUGAGCGGGUACAUUCACGCACUAUUGCACCAUACAAUACAGGUUUAGCAGAUGAGUCUGGCCCCAGCCUGAGAAUCCCUGCACCAUGGUGUGUUUGCACUGCGGAUGUGCUGUACUCACCCUGAUCUCCCAGGGAGCAGGGAGCGGGCUGAGGGGGAGCUUACUUAGGUAAUGCAACCCCAAGGCUUAUAUCAUCACUGGUGGUUUGCCUAAAAAUGCAGUACUGCAACACUGCCGUCCCCAUAUGGAUUGAACCUAAAUGCCUGUUUGGAAGAGUGGACAGAGGCAGCGUUGUCUUCCUAAUACAACCUGCAGAAUACUGAAACUUGCUAUAAAGCAGACUGUGUUUUUACAAGCUGUGGGAUGUUGUUACUGGUGGGAGUGGGAAAACUUUGUGUAAUCUAUCCAAUAUGCCAUUAAAUGCAACCAAGUCUGUUAACUACAAACACCAA